AACAAAACCAUCUAGAAACACCAACAAUAUAUCAUCUGUACAUAAAACCCACCUGCAUUUGAUUGCUAUCCAUCGAAGAUCAAAAUUAUAAAUCAAAAUCUCCACAAGGUACAAUCAAUUCAAUCAAGCACAAUCCUCGUAUUAGAGCAACACAAAUGGCUUUCAGAGUAAUUGGUUUUAAUGAUCCAAUUUUCUCAGGUCUUCAAGACAUGUUGGAUGUAUUUGAUCAUGAAGUUGAAAAAUCAGGGAACACACCGUCUAAGAAGUAUGUAAGAGAUGCUAAGGCAAUGGCAGCAACACCAGCUGAUAUCAAGGAGUAUCCAGAUUCGUAUGUGUUUGUUCUUGAUAUGCCAGGGUUGAAAUCAGAUGAAAUUAAUGUUCAAGUGGAGGAUAACAACGUUCUUGUAGUGACGGGAAUGCGACAAAGGGAAGACGAGAAGGAGAAAGAGGUCAAAUACGUUAGGAUGGAAAGAAGAAUUGGGAAAUUCAUGAGGAAAUUUAUUCUCCCUGAGAAUGCUAAUAUUGAUGCAAUUUAUGCGGUUUGUGUAGAUGGUGUCCUUACCAUUACUGUCCAGAAAUUGCCUCCGCCUGAGCCUAAGAAGCCUAGGACUAUUCAGGUUCAGAUUGGGUAAAAUAAACAUUGGGGUCAUGCUGCACCUACUAGCUUGGGUCUAAACAAGGUGUCUGUCUGAAACGAAUGUUUCUUUUUGUGAAUGUUUAAUCUCAUGUAGGCGUCAAAUGAGACUUUGGUUCUGUGUGUGUCCUGUUCUUUUUGUGGGUCUGAGUUUUAUCUCAAGUAAACAAAUUUGAAAGAUUUUCGAUAUAA